UCUUCAUCGUCAGUUUAUGACCAGCGUGACAACAGGCAACUUUGCAACUUUUGGCCCACUCAUCGUUCCUUCCCAUGGUCCCUUGAGACUGAAAAGCUGUUCCAAUGGGUGAAUCGUGAUGCAUCGAUGCUGGGUCGUAUAUCAUAUAUCAAGCUUUCCAAUCAUUCUCAUCUCACGCCAUCCUCCCUUCGCGUCGAGUUUGUUCGGGGCCUUAACUGAAAACCCUCUCCUGUUCGUUGCGCCUCCCGAUAUGGUCAAUUGCCAAUUGGCAAGAUUCACAAGUGAUCGAGGACUGGAGCGCGAUAUCACAUUUGUCAUGCUAGGAUUAUACGGAUGGAGUUACAUAAAUUCCUGCCAGGUCGAAAGUGCUCUACUUCGCCGCCAGCUUCCAUUUCGAUGGCGAAUGGUGAGCACAUGUAUGGUAUUUGAGUUUGACGCGUUUCUUCAGGUUCCCUAUUUGAUCGGUCGGACGUGCUUCCUCGUGACUCUUAUACUCUCGUUAGUGCGUCUACGACAAUACUCGGUGCUAUCAACCAUUGCAGACGUGUUUAAAUCUCUGGCGUUCUCAGGUAAUAUCGUUGUAGUUUGUACAUCCACGAACCUUGUCAUCCGUUUCCUGAUGAACCAUUCACCUUCUGAUGUUUACUUUGAUAAUGCCGUACUUGAAGGGUGACUCGCUGUGCAGAAAUAUGAAUAAGAAGAGGUGCAUCAGCAAACUACAACUUUUUACUAAUGCAAAGCACUGGGCUUUCCAUAGAUUACUGUGUCAUUCGUGAUUCGUUGUGAUCCAUUGUCAACACUGAAGCUGCUGGUUCAUGUCUGCCACUGUCCAGAGCCAGUUUUCUGCGCGAUUAUCACACCGAUCCGAUAAUAAAAGUCAAAACAAGUACAAUGGAGCUCUCCGUCAUUAAUUUAUUACUCACUGAAUA